UUUUUCUUAGUAAAGUCGUUUUUGAUAGAGCGCACGAUAAACAGCACCGCAAAAGCACACAAGCAGAGAGAGAGAGAGAGAGAGAGAGAGAGAGACGAAGACAAAACCAAAGAGCUUCUCCCGAGAAAAGAGAAAAGAAAAAAAAGUUAGCAUAGAUGAAGAGUCUUCAGUUUUUGUAGUUUCUGAUAGAAAAACAGAAAAAAAGAAAAAGAAGAGAUGGGAGGUUGCUGUUGUUGCUCUUCGUCACGAAGAGCUGAUGUAGAUAAUGGACUUCCGUACUACUACUACCCGAGGGCAACAGAAGAGCGUGUGCCUUUAUCUUCUGCUCAUAACAGGACUUCCUCUGCAAUCUCUACUGGUGUUGUGGUAGUAGACACAAACUUAGAGACAUCAUCUCCCGAUGCUUAUAUACCACCGCCACCGCCUAUCCCUUUUGAUGUGGCUAUUGGAAUUCCUCAUACACCAGGGAAUUGUGACGAGGCUACUUGUGUUGAUAUAAGAGAGGUUUCAGUGGAACCUGCUAAUACCGAGCUUGCUCAAGAUACAGUUGACGGUAUUACCCUCGGGGUUCCAACUACAUGCUCACAUAAAGAAAUGGAUAGCAAAAUCCAAACAGAGAUUGAUCUUGAAUCUGCUGAAGAGAUAGACCCCAAGCUAUCAAAAGCCGUCUUUGUACCAAUAGAGGAAGAGGAGGACUGUCCCAUAUGUUUGGAAGAAUAUGAUAUCGAGAACCCAAAACUUCUAGCCAAAUGCGAUCACCAUUUUCACCUUGCCUGCAUUCUAGAAUGGAUGGAGAGAAGUGAAACUUGCCCUGUCUGCAAUACGGAAAUGAUAUUUGACUCUCCUCUCGACUAGCAACACGCAAGUACCGGAGCUUAGAAGGUAUCCGAACAAAGAAACUGGAGAAAAGGAGAAGAAACUUAAAGAAGGAAAAAAAAAAAAAACGUUUGGUAAGAAUACACUAAUAGUUGAAUCACAAAGUUGAAUUUACAAAAACAUAUCAGUGUUAUUGAUUAUACAUAUGUUUGUACAGACGUUUCAAUUCGUCUACGAAGGAGACCUAAGAAUUAGAGUUUGUGUUUUAGAUUCACUUAUGUGAAUACAAAAAAAAAUGACAAAAAUGAAAAGCAAAAAAAAAAAUUCUGCUAGAUGUCUGUUUUUGUUUUAAGCUGGGUUUUCAAUUUGGGUUUGAUUCAUUUUUUUCUUGGGUUUGAGAAAAAUAUUAAUCAAACAGAAAUUGAAUUUAUUAUGCAUUGGGUUUAUUUAGGGUUCGGAGUUUAGUUUAGUGCCUUGUUCAUUCUCUUUUAAUUGUUCUGUGAUAUGUAAUACGAAAAUUGUUUCUAGUGUGCAUGUUUUAUUUUAGA